AUGAGUCUACUCAGUUGGAACUGCCGGGGUUUGGGUGGCACCCAAACAGUUCGAGAACUCUUGGGCAUUGUGUCCAAGCAGCGACCCUUAUUCGUCUUCUUGAUGGAGACGAAAACGUGUGUUAAUCUGGUGGAGCAAGUGCGUGUGAAACUGGGGUUUGAAGGGGUGUUCUAUGUGGAUCGUGUUGGUUUGGGAGGGGGACUUGCGUUAUUCUGGCGAGACUCGGAUGUCGCGACAUUAUUAAGUUACUCCAUCAAUCACAUUGACGCGGAGGUAACCAUUCCAGGGAAACCGACAUGGAGGCUCACUUGUUUUUAUGGUGAACCGGACAGGACACGGCGACAAGUUACGUGGGAUCUUCUGCGCCAACUAAAGGAUAAAUCUACCUUACCUUGGCUGGUAGUGGGUAAAAAUUACGACAUAGCCUGCCUAUCGGAAAAAAGAGGAACUCACCCGCAUCCGGCGUCGCUUAUUGAAGGAUUCAACGAUGCGCUGGGGGAUUGUCAGCUCAAUGACUUGGGGAUGACGGGGGGAAAUUUCACGUGGGAGAAAGGCCGGGGGACUGACUCGUGGGUGGAGGAACGCCUGGAUAGGGCUGUGGCAACAACGGAAUGGAUGGAAUUACAUGCCGAGGCUUUGGUCAGUAGCAUUUAUACUCGCUCGUCUGACCAUUGUGCGAUCUCGGUUGAUCUCGAGACGCGACCUGUACGUGCGGCCAUGCGAGCUUUUAAGUUUGAAUCGGCUUGGCUCUUGGAGGAUGGGUGUGCAAGAGUGGUCGACGAAGCCUAG